CCAACUUUUAAGUUUUCGUCCUUGGUUCGACUCGACUGCAAGUGCUGUGCUGGAGACAGAACUUCAACGGAAAAACUAAAGCCAAAGCCAAAACAAUGGUGGGACCAGAGAUUUCUCGACGUUUGCCAGUGAUAGAUGGAGCCAAGGUUUCGCUAAUGCAGGCAAUGAAUGCCGGAAUGUUUCUUGGAGUUUCCUUUCUGCAUAAUUAUCUGUCACGGAGGCCUCCCACUGCAUCUGUGGUGAAGCAUGUAGCUGCCGUCUUGGGUGGGCUGUACGUCGGGACAAAAGCUGACGAAUUCCUGGAGAACCGUCGGAACACGAGAGUCCUCGUCCUGGAAGACUACAUUUCUAAACACCCGGAGGAUUUCCCACUCGUUCAACCAAAAAAGUAUGGAGAUGUAUUGUACUCGUGGCAGCCAUGCAGAUGAAGGACAAGCGCUUUUUAUGAUUAUUGUUGGGGGGGGUUUUUUCACUGUCGUUUCGUUUGUUUGAAAAUGAGUACUUUAUAAAGAAGAAUGAGCACAGUUACUUCUGAUCGAGUCACGGACUACCUGCUGUUUUGACUUUUUCCACCUGGAUGUACCGUGGCUGGGGUCUUAUAUUUUGUGUCUUAGAUACAGAAUAUUGGAUUGUGCUUGUUUUGACAUCAACAACAGCAUAAGUUACGCUUACAAUAAUGAUGCCAUGGCCAACAUUAUUAUCUGUGAAAAGUGUACACUAUCUUAAAAGUGCAGAUCGGAUUAUGUACAGCUUAUCUCUCUUCACUGAACAGAUAACUUCUAACAUGGAUUCUAGAAGGCAUAGUGCUAUGUCUAGGAACUUAUUUAAUGAAUGAAAUAAAAAUAAUUAGAUUAUCCACUU